CGGCGCAGCCAGUGAACGCGGAGCGCGCGCAGACUUGGAAGCCGCCGGGCCGAGGCGCGCGGAGCUGCCAUGGCAGAAAAAUUACCAGAACAGAUGUCAGACUCCCAGAUUUUGCCUCCAGAAAAUAUCAAGGAAUCAGUGUGUCCUGUAGAUGCCAAAGAAGAGCUCCUGGAUGAAUGUGAGAGUAUUUGGAGGCAGCUGGAAGAGUGUCAAAGCAAGCUAACACUUUUAGGAACAGAAACACUGCCAGAAUCAGAUGCCAAGCUUUCCUUGUUAGUGAUGCGAAUGAAAGCAUUAACAGCAGAGUAUAAUCAAUGGCAAAGAAGAAGUCCUGAAGUAAUUUCUACCAAUCCAGAUGUACUGGUAGCAUUGGGAAAAGAAGAGUUGCAGAAAGUAAAGAAUGAUCUUGAAAUGGUGCUGUCAACAGUUCAGUCAAAGAACAAAAAACUGAGAGAAGAUCUGAAAAGAGAACAACAGUGGCAUGAGGAACAGCAGCAGAUAGUAGAUGCUCUUAAUGGAAUUGAAGAAGAGAUGAAAAAUCAAGUUGUACAGUUUUCUGAAAAAAGAACGUUUCAAGAACUGAAAAAUAAAAUGCUGAAACUAAGGACAUAUAAGGAAGAACUCUUGAAUGCUUUGGGUGAGUUCCUAGAAGAGCAUUUUCCCCUUCCAGAAGAAGAUGGAAGUGCUAAAAAAAAGAAAAAAAACUCUUCUGAAGAGCCAGCUGUACAACUGAUAACACUGCAUGAAAUUUUAGAGAUUCUUAUAAACAAAUUAAUGAGUACACCGUAUGAACCCUAUUUAACAAUCAGUGACUCGUUUUGGCCACCUUAUAUUGAGCUGCUGCUGCGAUAUGGAAUUGCACUGAGACAUCCAGAAGAUCCAAACAGGAUACGCUUAGAAGCCUUUCACCAGUAGAGAAAACUUCGUUUACCUGAAAACAAAACAACAGUACUCUUACUUGCUAGGAAGAUGUCCUUCUGUUUCAUUGUCAUAUCAGCAACCUCUUCCUGUUGGAUAGUGUGUGUGUUUGUUUUAAUAAAACGUGCAUUUGGCAAGAGUGUGAAAUAUCAAAAAGACAAUUUUCAACUUCAAUUGCUCAUAGCUAUAAUUAUUUUUCAGUUUUAUUGCAAGU